CCUCAUCUUCUCCCUUCUCUCGCAGCAGCCGCAGCGGCUGCGUGUUUGAACACGCUCUCUCUCCUAGCUAGCUCUCCUCUUCUCUCCUACGUAUAUAAGCGGCUUCCUUCCCAACUAAUUAUAAUGCAUUUCAGGUGGAUCGAUUGAUUCCAUUACCCAACCUCAAGCUAGCUAGCUCUCCACCGUCUGCGCCCAUUCAGAAAAGGAGAGUUUAAUCCAACAUCAGAAAAGAUGGGCUUCUUGUCAUUGCUUCUUGUGGCUUCUAUGCCAAUCGUUCAGGUCCUACUCAUAGGUGUUAUUGGAGCUUUUCUCGCUUCUGGUUACAGCAAAAUUCUAACCUCAAGCGCUCUAAGGGAUAUGAACAAGGUUGUUUUCACUGUCUUCACACCAUCCCUGAUGUUUGCUAGCCUGGCUAAGACGGUCACACUUUCUGACGUCAUUUCUUGGUGGUUUAUGCCAGUUAAUAUAGGAAUCACAUUCAUUGUUGGUGGCACUCUAGGCUGGAUAGCAUGUAAAAUACUGAAACCACCACAGCAUUUCCGAGGAAUGAUCAUUGCCUUCUGUUCAGCAGGAAAUCUUGGCAACUUGCUCUUGAUCAUUGUUCCAGCAGUCUGUGACGAAGACGGCAACCCGUUCGGAAAAGACCGGAGCCUUUGCCGCUCUCGUGGGCUCUCCUACUCAUCAUUAUCCAUGGCUCUUGGUGGCUUAUUCAUAUGGACACAUACAUACAGCCUCAUGCAGAAGGCAGGCAAAAUGUACCACAAGAUGCAGUCCAAAAGCAUCCAGUGCCCGGCCGACAGCGAUGAAGAGCAUCAUCCUGCACAAGGUCAUGAUCAAGUAAAAUUAGACGGUGAAACUGCUUACGCUGAUGAGGAGGCGGCUCUUCUGGUGUCAGCUAAACUGGCUCCUGAACACAAUGAAGAGAACCAAAUGGAAGCUCCACUUCUGACUUGCGAGAGAGAGAUUGCUAACAAAGGAGGAUUCUGGACAAACCUGAAGGAAACCGUCCACCAGGUUGUCGAGGAGCUGAUGGCACCACCAACUGUAUCUGCAAUACUUGGAUUUGUUGUUGGCCUAGUCCCAUGGUUGAAAUCUCUUGUCAUCGGCAAUGGCGCCCCACUGAGAGUCAUCCAGGAGUCCCUCCAACUAAUGGGCAAUGGCACGAUUCCUUGCAUCACCCUAAUCCUAGGGGGGAAUCUGACACAAGGGCUACGGAAGUCGGUGCUGAAGCGUACGGUGAUCAUCACGAUCGUCUGCAUACGCUACGUGAUCCAACCCUUGAUCGGGAUGGCGGUUGUCCAUGCUGCCUAUGGGGUUGGAUUCUUGCCACACGAUCCAUUGUACCGCUACGUGCUGAUGAUGCAGUUCGCGCUGCCACCUGCAAUGAACAUCGGAACCAUGGCUCAGCUGUUUGAUGUUGGUCAAGAGGAAUGCUCAGUGAUCUUCUUGUGGACUUACCUGAUUGCUGCCAUUGCACUCACGACGUGGUCGACGAUAUUCAUGUCCAUCCUGUCUUGAGGUUGAGGGUGACAAGAAGAACCAACUUUGUGGCAAUAUUGGUUUAGCUGGAAUGAUUCAGCUCACGGAUAAAAUGUAAAGAAGCCGGAGACAAUGAGCCUCUCCGAAAGAGCCGAAACUGAGGCUUGCCCAUGAGCACCACACGUCCACACGUGUAUAGAAAUUGAAGCAGUAUUUUUUUAGAUAAUGAAAAAUAGCAUGGUGGCCCGCGUAGAUAACUAUAAUUUUUUUAACAUAUUAAAAAAUAUUUUUAUUUUUUUCAGUUAUUUCAAAAUUGUAUUUUUUAUAUGGACUCUAUACUCUACUCCCAAUCAUCCUCACUUUAUUAAAUUUCUAAUUUUGUAGUUCGAAAUUUUGUUAUUUCUAAAUUAUACUCUUCUUAUAUGGACUUAAUAGUCUAUCGUCUUCUCUAAAUAUUCUUUUUUUAUUUGAAAUUUUACUUAUUUCUAAACUGUACUCCUAUAUGGACUUAGACUGGUGUAACGCACAUCAGUCGUGGCGUUGGUAGGAAAUACUUAACAAUUCAAUAAAAACCCUAAUUUUCGAAA